GAAACUCUUCCAAACGAAGGGAGUGCUUCCUCUCUGGAUUCCUCUGAGCUGCACUGAACACACCUGCACUGCUGCCAACUGAACGCAUUGAACAGUCAUAAUGAAUCCGCUGGAUACUUUGAAAGACUACGCGCUCUGGCAAUUGUUAAUAUCUAAAAGGACAGAGAUCUGUUCCAUUGAGGACCCCUUUAUGUUACUGAGUCUCCUUCGAGAUCGCUACAUCAUUCCUGAGGACAAAUACCAGGCUAUAACCGCACUGGAAGACAGAAGUGAGCGCUCCAAAGCCCUCUACAAACUGCUGGAAGGGAUGGAUGUCACAAACGGUCCAAACAUCCAGGAUUUUUGGAACGUCCUGUUUGAGGAUUGUAUCCUGAGUCAGUACCCCCAACUCCAGCAUCUCUACGACAGCCUCUCCAGAUGUGACAAUAACAAAACCAAACCAUUGGGGUUACACACAAGAGUACCCCCCACAGUGACAGCACAGCACAGUGUGAGGAAGCAUUGUGAAGCACAGAGAGAGAACGUCGGAGAUUUCAGAUUUUCUGAACAGAGCGACUCGGAGGGAGCCGGUACAAGCAGCUUGAAACGAGAUGCGGAGACGCACGCGGAGGGUUCACCCGCUAAACGAGUCCGUCAAGACAACAAAUCCCUCCAGAAAACCCGCCCUCUUCCGACUGUAAAAAGUCCAGACUUCGCGGCGGUGAGACAGGGAUUAUCCAAAAUGAAGCAGUACCUGGACACAGUGAAGGGAGAACGGGACACAGUGAAGGAAGAACGGGACACAGAGAAGAGAGAACUGACCACAGUGAAGAGAGAACGGGACACAGUGAAGGGAGACCUGACCACAGUGAAGAGAGAACUGACCACAGUGAAGAGAGCACGGGACACAGUGAAGGGAGAACUGACCACAGUGAAGGGAGAACGGGACACAGUGACGAGAGAACUGACCACAGUGAAGACAGAACGGGACACAGUGACGAGAGAACUGACCACAGUGAUGAGAGAACGGGACACAGUGAAGGGAGAACUGACCACAGUGAUGAGAGAACUGACCACAGUGAAGGAAGAACUGACCACAGUGAAGGAAGAACUGACCACAGUGACGAGAGAACUGACCACAGUGAAGAGAGAACUGACCACAGCGAAGGGAGAACGGGACACCGUGAAGGACGUGCCUUUGAAUAAAAUAUCCAAAUUGUGGGAAAGACGUAUUUACAAUGACAACGUCUUCAGAUACGACAAAUACGCGCUGCAGAUCUUUAAAUCCUUAGUGAAUCGGGAGAUCCUGCGCCAGUGGGCGUUUCAUGUCAAUUACAACGGAACGGGAGCGAAGAUGGCCGUGCCUCAAAACGUAAUUAAAGCCAUGACCGCGCAGGUCCGGAAAAGGUUCCCCGGAAUCGGACUGGCGGAGAAACAAGCUAUCCGUGACAAGAUUAAUGGAUUUCUGCGGAGACCCAACACGGCGCUGCAGCGUUAAAAAAUAAUUCCUGUGCGUGCGUCAGCUGUAAAGCACAGAGUGAAAACAAUCUGCAGACGGGAUUAGAGUCUGAAUACCCGUUUAGUGACGUUUUAAUGAUUUUUAAUUUUCUUAUAAUUGUAUCGUGUGCGUGCGUGCGUGCGGGUGUGUGUGUGUGUGUGUGUGCGUGUGCGUGUGCGUGCGUGUGUGUGUGCGUGUGCGUGUGCGUGCGUGUGUGUGUGCGUGUGCGUGUGCGUGCGUGUGUGUGUGCGUGUGCGUGCGUGCGGGUGUGUGUGUGUGUGCGUGUGCGUGCGUGUGUGUGUGUGUGUGUGUGUGUGUGUGUGUGUGUGUUUUGUUUCCACUGUUAAAGUGACGCUUCGACGCGCCAGUUUUGAAACAGGAAUGUCUCGGGGGACGGGGUGGAGAAUGAUAGUUUAAUUUCAGAUUUUAUUAUUAUUAUUAUUAUUAUUAUUUAAGGUUUUGCGCACACAUUCCAGCUCCAGCCGCCUCGCAUCUCUGUGUGCGAGCUGCGUCACUCUGGCUGCGCACAGACUCGGAUCACGUGACGUGCGCUGCGUUUAGAAUCCCGCAAUCGUGAUGUCAUAUUCUGGACCAAUCGCGUCUUUAGAAUCCAGUGCCUCCAGUUUAACGCGCAAGCGUCCGCUUCACAACACCGGGUUAAAUCGCUCAGAAACAUCUAUUUGAACCCUGACCAGCGGACGCGCACGGCGUUCAAAAUGCAUAGAAUUAUUUUGAUAGCUACAAACCUUUUAUAUUUUUAGAUAUAUAAAAAAAUGCAUAGGCCUGUAUAUGUGUUAUCACACUGUUAAUAAGAACAUAAGAAAGUUUCCAAACGAGAGGAGGCCCCAUUCGGCCCAUCUUGCUCGUUUGGUUGUUAGUAGCUUAUUGAUCCCAGAAUCUCAUCAAGCAGCUUCUUGAAGGAUCCCAGGGUGUCGGCUUCAACAACAUUACUGGGGAGUUGUGAUCACUGGGGGGGUAGAUUUCUACACGCAUAUAAUCAUACAAGUUAUAUAUUUCACAAUACAUGUGUGUAUUUAUAGAAAACUGCAUGUGUGUGUUUUUAAACAUGUAAUAAAAAUAUGA